UUUUAGUUCCAGUAUGAAAAUUUAACGACGCAUGACAAUGACUUGACUCCAUCCUGAGCAAAUCAGAACCUUCAGCAGCCAAAGCAUACCAGUACAGAUGAAAUGCCUUUGAGGAAGGAUCAGGUAGAACAGCUAGCAUGGGGCUGGGUGGAGGGUACUAUCCCUGAAGAAAUUCAGAAUGAACAUGUCUUGAUGGCCUACUGUAUGACCAUUCCAAGGUGUUCUUCAGGAUCCUGCAAGAGGAACUGCAAGUGGAGUCCAUUCUGUCUAAAUGGAGUUGGAGCAGAAAAAUGGAUGAAAGGAUUGCCAAAAACUGAAGCUCCCAACCUAGAGGAGACUGCUGUUGCCAGGAAUCCAGAGCUCUUUGUUGGCCUUAAGAAUCUUGGUGCAACUUGUUAUGUGAAUAGUUUGCUUCAACUCUGGUUCCACACCCCUGAAUUCAGGCAAGAUCAACUUGACACAUUCACUGCCAAAAUCGACUACGAUUCCUCAUCUGAUCAGGGUGAGGAUGUUGAUGGUGAUGCAGGUACAUCCCACCCACAGAAAAGGAAAAAAAAGGCCUACAAGGCACUCCUGAGUGCACAUGCAGCACAAGAAGAGCAUGCAAUAUUUUCAUGGAAUCCAGCAGAAGAUGCAACAGAAGACUCUAAUUUGUGCCUUCCUGAAGUGAACAUCCAACCCAGAUCUGUGAUUGGGAACCUUCUUCAACUUUUUGCCUUCCUUCAAUUUAGCAAUUCAAGCUUUGUAGAUCCAACUGAAUUCAUUCAAACUCUUGCUUUGGACAAAGAUAUUCAGCAAGAUGCAGAGGAGUUUUCUCAGCUCUUCCUCCAUUUUCUUCAAGGUCAACUAUCCUCCCAAACCAAUGAAAGUGUUUCAGGACUUGUUCCCACCCUUUAUGAAGGAGAGUAUUCAUAUGUUACUCGAUGUUUAGGCUGUCAGACAGAGACUGAACGGCCAGAUACAUUCCUAGAACUGACGCUCAAUGUCAAAGGUGAAACACACCUUGAGGGAAGCCUUAAUGCCUUCUUGAGGGAAGAAUUCCUGGAAGGAGAGAAUCAAUAUAUGUGCAAUGUGUGCCAGAAAAAACAGGAUUCCGUCCGACGUAUCAGAAUCACACGCUUCCCACCCAUUCUCAAUGUUCACCUUCUUCGAUUUGUCUUCAACAGGUCAGAAAGACAUCAAGAAUUUAGACUUUUUUGCAUUUCUCCCCCAAUUGAAUUCUUGGACAUUGUUUCUCUCUCCAGGCAAAAAGGUCAAAGAACAAAGGUCACUUCCUUGCUUUCCUUCCCAGUCUCCCUUGACCUGUCCAAGUACUGUGAACAGCCACGGGGAAGCCUUGUGUAUCAGCUGUUUUCCAUUCUCAUUCAUGCAGGGUCUUCUGCUCACUCUGGCCAUUAUAUUGCUUAUAUUCAGGACCUGACAAGUGGGAACUGGUUCCGCUUCAAUGAUGAAGUUGUGUGUGAAAUGAAUAAGAGGAAUCCCCUGGCAAAUGUUGACUCAGAUUCUGCCAGACCAAAGCCCAAAGAAAAAGGAGAGAAGGGACCAUCCUCAAGCAAUGCCUACAUGCUUGUCUACAGACGCCAAGUCCCUGAACUUACUGGCAAGGAAAAAUAUGGCACAGAGUUGACCCUGGAAGGGCUUCCUCCAUGGCUUCGUAAGAUGGUGGACAAGCAUAAUUUCUCUGUCCAGAAAGCCUUAGCAGAUUUGGAAUCCAUGAAGGCAUGUGAAGAUCCUCAUUCCUCAGAAUUUCUAAAUGAAGGAGAUGUAAUAUUCAGUUUGUUUGGGGGAGGACCACGCAUCACAGAGGGUUUCCUGUGCCGUUCAUGUGUGACCAGAAUUUGUGGACAGAGGAGGCUUCGCCAGAAGCUCUCCCAACAGGAGAAGCAACUCAGGCUCCUUUUCAAGAAGAAGGUGGAAGGGAAUGACCCUAAGGCUCACUGGGUCGGCAAGAAGUCUCUUCGGAUUUGGAGGAAUCUUGUGAUGGAUCAAGUGUUGGGGAGCACACAACCUGACAGUCUUGAAGCUGGGAAUGAUGAGAAUGGCAGCAUCAAUGAUGAUGAUGACCUCACUGCCUUCAAUGAUGAGGAUGCAACUGAUGUGAAUAUGGACGGUUUUCAGUUCAAUGAUGAUCUUCUCUGUUGUCACCAAGCCCUGAUUCCUGACCCAUCAGUUCGACGCCUUAUUCCUGAAGAUGCAUGGGAGAUACUUAGGGAUCAUUUUCCACAAGCACCAGACUUUCUUCAAGAUUCUCCUAUCUGCUCAGACUGCCAGGCUGUUGCAAUUGAUGGAGAAUUUGCAAGAGAGGAGAAUCGCACAUUGGCCAUUAAGCAGAAGUCUUUGUUGGGUCAAUUGUACCUGCGUCGAGAUCGACCUGUUCCAGGUGUACAGCCCUCUGUCUAUCUCAUCAAUGCAAACUUCCUUGAUGCCUGGACUGCAUUCAUAAGGGAUCCUCGAAGGAAGAAUGCAGUGGUGGAGAUAAACAAUGCCUCGAUGGUGUGUCCCCAUGAUAUGCUUCCGUUCAAUCCCCUUCUUCAUGACCCUGAUCACUCCUGGUGGGUUCCUGUGUGGGAUUGGGAAUACGACAUAAUGAUGCGCGAGUUCGACGUGGAUAUCCCCAUCACAGUCUCAGCUUGUGCUUCAUCUGACUCGUCAGAACCAGCGGGCACCUUCGUUCCAGCUGUGUGUGAGGAAUGUCAGUCGUCUUGGUUGGAGGAGAAGGAGAAGCAGCUCUUGGAGUACAGAAAUGUGUGCAUUUUCGUCCGACGCCUUCCAAGUGCAGAUGAUGCCUUGAGCACUGGGAGUCGAGAAGAGUCUUCCGAUGACAAUGCCUCUUGCUCAGAGACGCGGGCGAAAAUCCCACGCCUGGAGAAGUCCUUCAACGGGGUGAAUGUUGAAGAAUUGACUGGGAUUUUGAAGUUGAACGAUGACGUAGGUCACCGAAGAAGCCAGCGACAGAGGCGGACUGUGGGUGAAAAGGCCGUUCGGGUCUCCUCAGACAUGACUCUUAGGGAUCUCAAGCUUCAGGUGAUGAAGGUGUUUGGUGUACCACCGUUCGACCAGCACCUCUUCCUUUCUUCCAAAGAGCUUGAGGGAGACGACAGUACCUUGGCAGACCUUCGUAUCUUCCCUGACUGUCAUAUCACCCUCCUC